GCGGCGAUGGCGAGGAAACCCCGUCGACAAGACACUGGUUUUUCAUGACGCUCAGCUUGUUACAAGAAAGAACAGGGCUGUUAAAUGACUGAAUUCAUGCUUCCUGGUGGACAUCUGUGUCAUGGAUGAUGAUGACGAUCGCCGUCUUCUGGAUUUCUUAGGAGAUGUGGAUGCACUUAAUGAUUAUCUCCAUGGCAACAACAGCAAGUCUAUUGAGGAGGACGACGUGACAAAUGCAGCUUAUGGAUCAGAUGGAUCUUUCUUUGCCAGCAACACGACUAGCUCCAACACUUGUCUCAAAGAUGGCUCUUCUUCACUGGGUGACUUUGGAGAGGACUCAGCGGGAGCAGGCCUCCAGCUCUCCAGUAGCCUUUCAUUCAUCGAGGAUGAUUUGGGGACUGGGAGCUCCCCUGAAGGGGUGGACCUCGGAGAGGACCAGCCCUUUGACAUCCUCCAGAAGUCUCUCCUGGAGGCCGACAUCACAGAGCAGACGCUGGCCCAGGAGGCCCUGCUGGACUCUCAGCCUGCUCCCACGCUCGUGCAGGCUCCAGUUCCCUUCUCCUCCCAGCUGGUCUCUGGGGGGUAUGGAGGUGGGGUGGGUGUGGUAAGCUCAGCGACAGCUGCGUUUCCGGCAGGCCAGCUACUGCAAGGAAUGUCACCACUGCCCAAUGGCUCUACCCAGCACAUCCAGGUGUUGGGCUCGUUUGGGGCAGGGAGUGGUGUGAUGACUCUAAGCAGCUUGGAGAGAACUCCUCAGAUUGUCCUGAGGCCAGGGGUGCCUGUAGCUACAGCAGGGGCGGCGACAGGAGGGCAGGUGUUUACACCAAACCAAGGUCAGGUGGGCCAAGUAGGCUUACCUUUCAAAAACAUUCCCCUUCAAAACAUCAUAAUUCAAAGAGGUCCAGGAGGGACUCAGGCUAUCGUCAGACCAAUUCAGCCUAAACCCCCUCAAAGUGGCUCUCAGUCUGUUUACAGCCUUGGUCUUCAACCCACUCCCACUACUGUGACAAAUACUGCUGCUGCGGGACAGUACACAGCCAACGGUACUAUAGUGAUGCAACCACAACUAGAGCAGCAACCAGUGCAGGCUCAGACAAACCUUCCACCAGGGCAGUUCUUGAUACCUAACUCUUUGACGCUCGCUCCAUCCUCCACCAUCCACAACGGCUCCACCAACCAAAACACCGUGCAGAUAGCUGCAGGGCAGAACUUCACUGGAUCUCCAGCAGGCCAGCUAAUCUUGAAUCCAGGCGUAGUGAGUGGGAGUCAGGUUGUUGGAGCUGUGACUCAGACAUGGACUGGAGCUUCUUGUGCCAGCUCAACCCCCGUACAGACAUCCUGCGCUCCUGGGCAACUCACUCUGGUCGGCCCAGCGACGGCCGGGAUCGAAGGCCCAGCCCAAGCGUCGACUUGUCCCGUGCAGCGCCUUCUAGUGACCCAAACACAGAACUGCACUUCGCUGUCACCUUUACCUGGCAGCGUGACGCAGGACUUCAGACAGAACUCCUCAUCGCCUGCCUUCGCUCAGACACAACUUGGCGGCAUUCAUGUCAUGAAAACCAUAACGCAAAACUCAACACCAAACUCUGAGGUCAGUUCACAGAAACGACCCUUCGGUUCAUCACUCACAAGAGCAGAACUUAUUUUAGAGCACUUGAGGAGGGAUCAUGUGGCAGUUCAGGCCCCAGACCGACGGAGGUUCACCUCAGUGGACGAUGCUCUCCUAAGACUGCUGCCUUACCACGUGUUCCAGGGGGCGCCGCCCAACCACGACGAGUUCUCACAGGUGGAUGAGGAGUUUGAGGUGGUUGCAGCUCAGGUGCUGAUGAGGACCGAGGCAAUGGUUAACAAAUACAGACGACUGCUGAUGGUGGAAGCUGAGCGUUCCAGUCCUUCGUCAGAAAUGGUGAUGAUCGACAGGACCUUCAACCAGGAGGAGCGCAGCAACCUGACACAAGACAAGCGCAUGGUCCUUGUGGAUCCAGACAACUUCCUCGAUGACUUCUGUUGUGGAACAAAAUCCAAACAUUUCCAAGAUCCCGUUCCCCCGCAGUCAGCAGACAGUGAGAUUUGGGAGCAGGCAGAACAAAGCUCCGAGGAGCCAGCGUACAGGACAGACUCCCCGUCUGGGUGUACAGACCCAGGAGGGGGUAGGGAUGUCGGACCAGGUCCACCAGAGAGACUCCAUCCACCACACGUAGAAAACAAAACGGUUUUGGAACUGAAGAGACCCCAGCAGUGCUUUGGGUCCGACGGCGCCAGCAACAACAGCUUCGUUGCAACUAAAAGUUGCUCGCAAGGUAAACCUGCACAUUUUGCAGCAACUUCAGGACAGCCUCCGUACUCGCAGCACCGGUCCUCCCCACCGACACAGUCUCAGUACUCGCCCCCCGUCACCCCUCCACCCCACCCAGACCCAGAUUCUGCUUUAGAGGCAGCAGUCAACAGCAUCCUGGAAUGUUAACUCUGAUGCACCAUUUGUAUUUUUGCAGGUACCUUUGUUUUCUUGUCGUCACGUGUGUGUGAGGAGAGGUUCGCUCCGUUUUCAGAUCUGUCUUUGUGAAAUGCAGCCAUGUAGCGUUUGAAGCUUUCUGAGGCGUUACUUCUGUUCGUGAUACGUCGAGGUGUACUUGGGCACUUAACCUAUAAAGAUCCGGGAUCGUGUGCAAUGCAGCAGAUAAACAGAUGCAAUUUUUAUAAAACUUUAUUUUUAUUGU